GGAGAACGAAUGCCGGAGGGAGGAAGGGGUGAAGCACAAGACUUGGUAGAGGAGGAGACAGACCCGCAAAAAGCCACCACCAUUUUCUUGGUUCGUCGCUUGAGCUUCGAAGUUCUGAAAUAGGUGCUUCUGAAGAUGAACGUGAAGGUCCAAAGCAUAGUCGUUACAUGUAUCGAGAUUAUGAGAUCGUUUCUCUCAUUGCAAUCCGUGCAAGCAGAAUAGUAUGGGUCUUCUAUGUACCUCUUGAACCACCUCCAAGAUACGUAAGACUUUUUUAUCAGGUUAUGGAUCGAACUACUUUUACAAAUUUUCACAUUUCCAUUUACCGAGACAAAUCGCAGUGG